GGUGAGUGGCGCCGCGUGCCCGCCGGAGCUGUUCGCUGCCGGAGCGGUCCCCCGGUGCUGCCAGAAUUGCUCAGCCCAGCCGUGCUGUUGGGAUGCUGCUCCCCCUGCUCUUCCCUCAGCUGCUCCGUCCCCUSCGCUGCCUCACCCGGGACCUGUCCCACUGCAGAUGGCAUGGCAAGAGGGCUGGCUGUCCCCUCAGAGCUCUGCACACAUCCCAGGCCACCUACAGCAGUGACAUCACCCCUGUGUUCACCAGGGCUUUGGCUUUUGGUGACAAAGUGGCCAUCGUUGACCAGAACGGGACGCACACGUACAGGGACCUGCUCAGCCGGAGCCUCCGCUUGUCCCAGGAGAUCUGCAGGGUUCUGGAAUGCUCCAGCAGGGACCUGAAGGAGGAGAGGAUCUCGUUUCUGUGCCCCAAUGAUGCCUCGUACGUGGUGGCCCAGUGGGCUUCGUGGAUGAGCGGGGCCAUAGCGGUGCCCCUGUACAGGAAACACCCCGUGCCCGAGCUGGAGUACGUGAUCCACGAUUCCCAGAGCGCUCUGGUCAUYGCAACCCAGGAAUUCCUGGGGAAAAUAACCCCCAGUGCCAAGAAACUGGGAGUGCCAGUGCUGCAGCUUGCCCAGUCUGGUGGUGAUGGAGCCACGAGUCCUGCAGCCGUGGAGGAGGGGCCCUUGUCAAGCUGUUCCUCGUGGAAAGACAGAGGAGCCAUGAUCAUCUACACCAGCGGGACAACGGGGAGACCCAAGGGUGUCCUCAGCACCCAUGAGAACGUGCAGGCUGUGACCACGGGGCUGGUUGAGAAAUGGGAGUGGAAGCAGGAGGAUGUGAUCCUGCACGUUCUGCCUUUGCACCACGUGCACGGCGUGGUCAAUAAGCUGCUGUGCCCACUGUGGGUGGGAGCCACGUGCAUCAUGUUCCCCGAGUUCAACGCGCAGAUGGUGUGGCAGAAGCUCCUGAGCUCCGAAGCUCCCCGUGUCAGCGUGUUCAUGGCAGUGCCCACCAUCUAUGCCAAGCUGAUGGAAUAUUACGACGAGCAUUUCACCCAGCCCCAAGUGCAGGAUUUCAUCCGUGCCUUUUGCAAGGAGAACAUCAGGUUGAUGGUGUCAGGCUCAGCAGCCCUGCCUGUGCCUGUCCUGGAGAAGUGGGAGAGCAUCACUGGGCACACUUUGCUGGAGAGGUAYGGGAUGACUGAGAUUGGCAUGGCACUCUCUAACCCCUUGCAUGGAGUCCGUGUCCCAGGUUCCGUGGGUACCCCGCUGCCCGGUGUGGAGGUGUGCAUUGCCAGUGAGAUCCUGAAAAACGGGACUCGUUCCUACAGGAUCCAUGCCCAGGGGAAUGAGAAUGGCACUCAGGUGACCCCAGGCCUGGAGGGACAGGAGGGGGAGCUGCUGGUGAGGGGCCCCUCGGUGUUCCGCGAGUACUGGAACAGACCCAAGGAGACCAUGGAGGCCUUCACGCCCGACGGCUGGUUCAGAACAGGAGACACAGCUGCCUACCAGGAUGGGGUGUACUGGAUCAAAGGCCGCACCUCUGUGGACAUCAUCAAGAACGGAGGGUUUAAAAUCAGCGCCCUGGAGGUGGAGCGUCACCUCCUGGCACACCCCCACAUCACAGAUGUGGCAGUGAUUGGGCCCCGGGACAUGGUGUGGGGACAGCGGGUCAGCGCCGUGGUGCAGCUGCGCAAGGGAGAGAUGCUSUCUGUGAAGGAGCUGAAGGACUGGGCCAGGGACACCAUGGCUCCCUACAGCAUCCCCACGGAGCUGAUCGUGGUGGAGGAGAUCCCGCGCAACCAGAUGGGCAAAGUCAACAAGAAGGAGCUCCUGCAGCGYUUUUACCCAGCCUAGGGCUCACCCCGGGGCCUGGCCCUGACCCACGGCCGGUCUGACCCCSAGGAGGUGCCACAGGGACCAUCCCUGCACAUCUGCACUCACUGCAGCCCAGUCCAUGAGUUAUGCACAAUAAAAGCAGGGUUUAUCCUGCCUUGCCUGGCUGAGCUGAGCCAGAGCUGCMGGGGUAGGGUUUCCUUGUGAGGGAGCCCUUUGUAGGAAUCACAGAAUCCCRGAAUGGUUUGGGUUGGAAGGGACCUUAAAGCCCAUCCAGUGUCACCCCUGCCAUGGCAGGGACACCUUCCACUGUCCCAGGGUGCUCCAAACCCCAUCCAGCCUGGCCUUGGGCACUGCCAGGGAUCCAGGGGCAGCCACAGCUGCUCUGCUCUGCACCAGGGCCUCCCCAUCCUCCCAGGGAAUGAUUUCCCAGCAGAAAUAAAGAAUAAAUCCAAAAUCAAACAUAAAUACUGACUGUAUUAUCCAGCGUGUCCACCACCAGCAGCUGAUCCAGUGCACUAUUGAUAAAUCCCUUUACACAUGGAAUUCUGUCUGUUUGACCACACACAGCAGGGCACAGUGACUGUAUCUUGUGGGUUCCCAGCUAGUGGGUCCAUCCUGUGCAGUGCUGAGGGGGGACAGCUGCUUCUCCCAGCAGCUGAUGGGGCUCUGGAAGCACAGGAAGGGCAGGAGGAACCAGGAGCACAAAUAAUUACAGGGAUUCCCUUGUUAGGGUCAGCAGAGCCCCAAAAAUCUGAGAGGACAUAGAGAGAGCAUAGAGGGGACCAC